CCGGGAGGUUCUGAGCGAGAGGCGAUUGGCUGGUGCUGUGGCUUCGCUGCGGGCCCGAGAAACUCGGGGCUAGUGAGCUGGGAGACUCCCCGGGCGGUGCCGGGCGCGAGUCAGCUAAUCCAAAAGUAAAUGAGGAACUUAGAAAAAGAUUGCCAACUCCAGAUCAACAUAUUUAGAGAAAAUUGGAAAAGGAGAAGCUUACUACAGCUUUAUUUGAGGACUUUUUAAAAGAAGUGGAGCCCUAGCUGCAAGCUUCAAAUCUUGGAGCAAGAGCAAGAGACAUUGCCAGAGCAAACAAGAACAGAAGUACAAAUGGAAGACUGGUCAAAAGAUGUAGCCCAUGGUUAUCUUGAACAAGGCAUAACAGAAGAAGGUAAAAGUACAAAACCAGGUGAACAGCCAACUAUGAAUUCUAGGGGAAGCACACAUCAGAAUUUCACUGAAUUAGUUAACGAAGCCAAAUAUGAGGGAGUAGAGCUGCCAGAACAAAGCUUAAGAAAUUUUCAGGUCAGCUGUCCAUCUCCAGGUGAUGAGACAGAUGACCACACUGCUGAGAAUUCCAACAUGAUGGGAAAUAGAAAUAAUGAUGUGCAUUAUGAAUGUAUGAUUCCUUCUCAAGUUACUUCAGACUUAAAUACAGAGGAGACAGUAACAUUUCUUUUGAAAGAAUUGGACAUUCUCAGAGCAAGCAAUAAAAAGCUUCAAGAAAAACUCACUAAUGAAGAUAAAGAAAAAAGACUAUUAAAGCUUAAGCUGGAACUCCAGGAGAAAGCGACAGAAGCUCAAAUUGCUGGAAAAACAGCAGCCCUGGUUGAAGAAGUCUAUUUUGCUCAGAGAGAGCGUGAUGAAGCUAUUCUUUCACGACUACAGUUAGCUGAUGAGGAGCGAGAUGAAGCAAUUGCACGAGCCAAGCAUAUGGAAAUGUCUCUAAAAGCGCUAGAAAAUAUUAACCCUGAAGAAAAUGACAUGACAUUACAGGAAUUACUGAACAGAAUAAACAAUGCAGACACAGGGAUAGCUAUUCAGAAGAAUGGAGCUAUAAUUGUGGAUAGAAUCUACAAGACCAAGGAAUGUAGAAAGAGAAUAACUGCAGAAGAAAUGAAUGCUGUGAUAGAAGAACGGGAUGCUGCUUUGUGUCAGUGCAAACGGCUAGAGCAGGAGCUUCAUCAUCUGAAAGAGCAGAACCAGACUUCAGCAAACAACAUGAGACAUCUGACUGCUGAAAACAAUCAAGAACGUGCUCUGAAGGCAAAGUUGUUAGCUAUGCAACAAGCCAAAGAAACUGCAGUUCAACAGUACAAAAAGCUGGAAGAAGAGAUCCAAACACUUCAAAUUUAUUACAGCUUACACAAAUCUUUAUCACAAGAAGAAAAUCUAAAGGAUCAGUUUAACCAUACUCUCAGCACCUACGAAGAAGCUUUAAAAAAUAGAGAGAACAUUGUUUCUAUUACUCAGCAACAAAAUGAGGAACUGGCCACUCAACUGCAGCAAGCUCUAACAGAUCGAGCAAACAUGGAAUCAGAGCUUCAGCGUGCUUUAGAGGCCUCGCAAGCAGCCAAUGACAAAGUUCAGCAGCUGGAAAGGCUGGUGGACGUCCUGAGGAAGAAGGUUGGAGCCGGGACCAUGAGGACAGUGAUCUGACUGAAAAAAACGGCAGUCUGGGGAAGCGAUCACAUCUGGUGACCAGGCUGCUUCAUUCAACACUGUGUAAACACUAAAGCCUUAACUUAGCAAACAGUUGUUAGAAGUGGGACACUUCAACCACAUUCCAAACUGAGAUAAAAUCAAAUCACAAAUGUUUAACUACUUUGCUGCUGACUUGAGUUAUUUAUCCAAAUGUAUUAACCACAGUCUUACCAAUUGGGUAGCUAGAAAGUUGCAACUUUUGGUAACUAUUUUAUCUCAAUGUAUUUAAUAUAAAUCUUUUUCCUGAAAGAGUAUUACAAAAUGACAGGAAAGUUGUUCAGGAUCAUAUCUCACAUAUGGCCCUUUCUGAAUCAAAAUGCAGCAAAGUAAAUACUAUCUAAACCGUAAGCCACUAUUUUAGGUCAAAACUUCAAAUACAUGCAUUUUUUCAAUAUUGUCUGUUAAUUAAUAAGAGAGAUCAGACAUAAUAGUUUUCCUCCAAUGCAUACAUAUAAUCCUUGUUAGUAUUAACAAAUAUUAAGUAUAGCUGCUAAUAAUUAAAUGUACAAUUUGCUUUAACAAGAUUUUGGUUCAUUAAAAUAACGUUAAUCAGUGCAUAAUUUUUGUUUAUUACAAAUCAGAUAAUUCAAACUUUUCAAUAAAAAGAGGAUAUUGAUAAU